AAGAAUUACUAUUUAUAUAAAUAGCCAAUCUUCUAGCUGAUGGUCUUGUUUGCUUAUGAAGGUCGUAUAGAGGCAUCAGUAUUACAUUGAGACUGUUUCAUGUCCAGCUAAAAACUCCUUGUACUUAAAAAAAAUAUAUAUUUAUUUAUAUAAAUUUCUAGUGACUAGGCUAUGUCACAAGAACAUACAAGUACAUGAAAACUGAGCAACACAACAGCAGCUCAUGAGUUUUUAUUGCAACAAAAAUAGAUCUAUUUAAUCCCUUCUUAUUAACAGUGGGCCCAUAGAAGAAACUGAUCUUUCUACAUAUUUUUUUGUUUUGUGGCACAGGGGGUCAAAGAAGUAAAAGGAAUAGUCGGUUUCUCUCAUAUAUAUCAACAAAUUUGCUCAAUCCGAUCAAAAAAUACAGUUUCUCCCUGUGUUUCAGCCUCUUAACUGGACAGGAAAUGUAAAGCCAUGGUGUUAAUUUGCAGUGAGGGAGCUCAGGGAUCAGAGGUCAUCGUAAAAGAAUUUACCAAUGCCUUGUUUGUUAGCCUGCUCGGCAGUAAACGCUAGACACACUAAAAGUCAGCGGCACAUAACCGAAGCCUAAACUGGCAGAUUCACAUUUAAACCUCCUUUAGUUCAUGUUACCAGGCAGGCUGCGACAGGGCCACGUUCUGAUUGAAGAUGCUUUUCUUCUCUGCUGUGGCCUUCCUGUUGGUUUUGGCGCUGAGUUCACCCGUUGAAGCAGGAAAAUGUCCCAGAGUGUGCAGCUGUGACAGCAGCAAGCUCACGGUCACCUGCGUUGGCAAGAACUUAACGGAGAUUCCACCGACUAUAGAUGAGAUUACACUGAAACUGGACUUGAGGAACAACAACCUGCAGGUGCUGUCCAGGAGGGCGUUCAUCCUCACGCCCUACCUCACCCACCUCAACCUGCAGCGCUGCAACAUUAUCAAGGUGAAGGAGGGCGCUUUCCGGACCCUGGGCCGCCUGGUCUCCCUUAACCUGGCCUACAACAAAAUUGACAUCCUUUAUCAGGAGUCCUUUGACGGCCUCUCCUCCUUGAAGGAGCUGCACCUGGACCAUAACCGUGUGGAGGAGAUCCAGCCUGGAGCCUUCACACAGCUCGGUUUCCUCAACAUGUUGGCCCUCACCCACAACCAGCUGGUUUACAUCCCCAACAUGGCCUUCCAGGGCCUGCACAACAUCAAGUGGCUUCGUCUUAGCUAUAACUCCCUGAACAACUUGGCUCCUGAGGCCUUCACUGGACUGUUCACCCUCAGCCGCCUCAGCCUGGACCACAACGAGCUGCAGUUCUUCCCCACUCAGACCAUGACCAGACUGCCUGAGAUCACGCGCCUUAACAUGAGCCACAACCCCAUGACCUACCUUGGUGAAGAAUCCGUCUCCAUGGCGAAGCUUACACACCUCUACCUCGACCACAUGUCCCUUCAGGACCUGUCAGAGCAGGCUUUGUCCCGCGCCCCCCUCCUCUCCCACUUGGACCUCAGCCACAAUCAGCUUCGUUACCUGGAGCCCCUCUCAGGCCCCAAGGAGCUGACCAGCCUCAACCUGAUAGGCAACCCGGUGUACUGUAACUGCUACAUGCGGCCCCUGAGGGAGUGGGCGAGGGUCGGUCGUGUGAAGCUGCUGGGAGCCUGCACUGGCCCCCCCCACCUCUCAGAUGAGCCGCUACAGGCCGUGGUUCCUCUGGAUCUGCGCUGCCGCAGCAGGGGAGAAGCACUGAAGGACGAGUUCGAGAAAGACGAUGAGAGCACAGAAACUACCCCAUCCACAGCCAAGCCCAAACAAAAAGUCAAGUGUCCAGUAAACUGUGACUGCGAUAUUGAAGCUCAGCACGCCACCUGUGAGGGUCGGGGUCACACCAAAGUCCCACGAGGCUUCCCCACCAAGACGCAGCUGCUUGACCUCCGCAGCAACCACUUCCACUACCUUUCCGUUAACAGCUUCCCAGGCACCAGCCAAGUUGUUUCUCUUCACCUAGAGUUAUGCAAAAUUCACGAAAUCGAAGGCGGUGCCUUUCGGGGAAUGAAAAAGCUGUUUUAUUUGUAUCUUUCUGACAACGACCUCAAAUCUUUGGACCCCGGAGUGUUUGCUGGAGCCCCCGAGCUCACCUACCUUCACCUGGAAGGUAACAGACUGCUACAGUUCCCCGGAUCAGCUCUAGCACUCUUACCAAGUCUGUUUGUUUUACACCUCGAGCGAAACGCCAUCUCCAAACUAGGGCCCGCUGGUUUGCUGUCCUCAGUAACCCCGAAACUCAGGGAACUUUACUUGACCAACAACACCAUAACUUCUGUUGCCAAGGGUGCUCUGGACUCUGCUUUCCUCGGUACACUUUACCUGGAUUCAAAUCAGCUGACGGAGAUGCCUACCCACGCUCUGUCCGAGGCCCCUAAUGUGGAGGAGCUCAACCUGUCUCGGAAUUCAAUUCGCUGGGUGGGACCAAACGCUUUCCGGCCUGUAUCCCAAAGUCUGAAGAGGCUUUACAUGGAUCAGAUGGGCAUGGAGAAGAUGUCCAGGGACGCUCUGGCAGGGCUUGGCCCAGGGCUGAGGGCUCUGACUGUGAGAGGAAACCAGCUGGAGGAGCUUCCUGACCUGAGCCCACUCACCGGCCUGGAGGUGGUCGACCUGCAGGACAACCCUCUGCUGUGUGACUGUCCUCUGAUGCCGCUACGCAGGUGGAUGGAGAAUGUAAGUUUGGAGGUGAUCGCCACCUGUGGUCACCCUCCUGAGGUCAGAGGUCAGAAGGUCAGGGACGUCAAUGUGUUUGCGUCCUGCCCACAAAGUGGCUUUCCUUCAGAUGGGAAGGUUGUUACGGCCCCCAGACCGCCAAAAGUGAAGACACCCAAAGCCAGCCUCUCGAAGACCCCUGGAGUCAAAGCUAGGCCUGCAAAGUCCAAAACUAAACUACUCAAACCAACCAAGAAUAAGCCUCAGAGGAAACCUGUGAAACCGAAAGUGACAAAGAACAAGAAGACACUGUAAAAUUCACAUGCACUAUUUACUAUUUGAGCAUAAUUAACAAAACAAAGCAAAAAACAAAAAAGGGGAAAGAAAAGAAAGAAGGAACUUAAAUACCCAGCCUAUUGUCUUUCUAAUCCUACAGGAGAUAUACAUAGGUGGGAUCUGUUUGACAGCCACAAUCAUACACUGUAUAUUGAUAUAUGACACCUGAAGAUGUAUGUGUGAAUUGUGUUCUGCCUGUACUACCCUUCAGAUAAAAUGUGACGUGUGUCCUACAUGCUUUAAUAAAUCUAAAUUACCAACGUAU